AUGGCGACGACAACAGUGACCUCGCACAGCACAGACUCCGAUCGCAUUGACAAAGAGCCACAUCUUGCUCACACAUCAACAAACAUAUCGAUCAGCCCAGAGCUCUUCGAAAAACUGUAUCUCGCGCCGAAGACACCACAUGCAAACGAGAACGUCGGAAAAUAUGCAAAUGCGACACCUUUGGGCUUCCUGGGAUUCGUCAUCUCAACCUUCACGUUCUCCAUGGUACUAAUGGGCUGGGGCGGUGCCGCUGGAAUGCAAGCAGUUGUCGGCAUAUUCUUCUUCACAGGCCCCCUCCUCCUAACCCUCUCCACAAUCUUCCUCUGGAUCCAAUCCCAAUUCUUCCCCAUGAUGGUCUGCGGUCUCUUCGCCGUCUUCUGGCUCUCCUUCGGCAUGUUGCAACUGCCCACCCUCGGUCUCGCCGCCGCCUACUCCCCCACCGGCGACGCAGCGACAGGAACGGCUGGUGGAGCGCUCUUGUUCAUAGUAGGCCUUCUGGGCUGGUACAUGCUCUUCGUCAUUAUGGCUGCAGAGAUGCGCUGGUCUGUAUGUCCGCCUGUUGGAGAUCUUAGCAAAUACUGGGCGAAGACGGAUGUGGAGAUUGGUGCAAAUGCGAGCGAGAAGAAAGAUUGA